GACGAUAAACUACGAAGCGUCCGGGAUGACGUUAAACUAAGCAUUGUCCGCAACGACGAUAAACUACGAAGCGUCCGGGAUGACGUUAAACUAAGCAUCGUCCGCAACGACGAUAAACUACGAAGCGUCCGGGAUGACGUUAAACUAAGCAUUGACGUCCGCAAAGAUGUUAAACUACGAAUCGUCCGCAACGACGAUAAACUACGGAACGUCCGGCAAGACGUUUAA